GUAUCGGAUAGAUUUCACCUUGAAAAGUUCUUGUUAUUUCCUUUUCUUCCCUCAUCUGGAAUCCACUUUAUCACCAUCAUCACCAUCAUCAUCACCAUCACCAUCAUCAUCAUCAUCAUCAUCAUCAUCAUUACUCAUUGGACUAUUUCAAAUUUCUAAUGUAUUUUAA